UUCAAACUCCUAGCCAUGGAGAUUAAAACUAAAGCUUUCAUUCUUAUCCCUACAUUAGUCUGUUUAGCCUUCUUCCAUCUUUCUUUGGUUUCUUGCCAUAAAAGUGAAAAUGGCUUCAGUCUCGAUCUGAUCCACCGCGAUUCUCCUCUUUCACCUUUUUACAACCCAUCAAACACUCCAUCUGAACUCCUUCAGAAUGCUUUUCACCGGUCAUUCUCUCGGGCUUCCUUCUUUAAGAAAAGCUCUGUUAAUCCAAUCCAAUCAACUAUUACUCCAACCCUAGGUGAAUACCUCAUGAAAAUCUCAAUUGGAACUCCCCCGGUAGACACUCUUGUCAUUGCUGACACUGGCAGCGAUUUGACAUGGACACAAUGUGAGCCUUGUGUGGAUUGUUUCAAACAAUUGGCACCUCUUUUCAAUCCCAAGAAUAGCUCUUCUUAUAAAACUGUUGAUUGUAGAAAUAAACUUUGUCAAGAAGUAGGUUCUCUCUCAUGUAACAAUAAUACAUGUAAUUAUGAAGUGAUUUAUGGUGACCUAUCUGCUACCUCUGGCGAUCUUUCUAUUGAAACUUUUACAUUUGCUUCUACUUCUAGUAAAAAUGUCUCAAUUCCUAACAUUGCCUUUGGUUGUGGACAUUCCAAUGCUGGCACAUUCCCUAAUACCACUUCUGGAAUCAUUGGCUUAGGUGGUGGCAAUGUCUCAAUUGUCAACCAAAUGAAUCAAGAAAUCAAAGGGAAAUUCUCCUAUUGCUUGAUCCCAUUGGAAACAUCAACUAAUUCCAACUCAACUAGUCAUAUCAAUUUUGGUGAAAGUGCUGUUGUGUCGGGCCCCGGCGUCGUUUCAACUCCUUUGAUAAAAAGCGAAGAGCAAGAAACCUUCUAUUUUCUAUCUUUGGAAAGUAUUAGCGUCGGAAAUAAGACUCUACCAUUUAAAUCUUCUAAAAUUAGUUCCAAAGCUCAAGGUAAUAUUAUCAUAGAUUCAGGUACAACAGUUACUUUUGUCCCUUUUGAUUUUUACGCGAAUCUGGAGAAAACAUUGGUGGCUUCGAUUAAUGCUACUAGGAAAGAUGAUCCGUCUGGGUUUUUUAAGGUAUGUUACGCCUCUAAGAAUGGCACUAUCGAUGCUCCUAAGAUUGUCGCACAUUUUACAAAUGCGGAUGUAGAGUUGUCACCAAUUAAUACAUUUACACAAGUGGCUGAAGGUUUGGUUUGUUUUACAAUGGUGCCUGAGGAGAAAGUUGCUAUUUUCGGAAACUUGGCACAGAUGAAUUUCUUAAUUGGAUAUGAUCUUGUGGCCAACAAAGUUUCAUUCUUGCCUACUGAUUGCACUAAGCAUUAAGGAUUUAGUUGUUGAUAGGGGGUGACUAGUUAUAUAUACUUGUACAUCUAAUGAAUUUGGCUAUUGACUAGCUAGUACUCUUCUAUCCCCCCUUUAAUGUGACUAGCAGCGUUGGAUUUCAAUUGUUUCUCAAUUCUUUGAGACUUAAAGCUGAAACAAACAUAAGUUAUAUAUGUAAGAUUUCUCGACG